GCAUCAUCGCGGUGUCAAUGCUAUCGUGGAGUGACAUGACGUUCCUGUCGCAAGCGGACUACUCCGACUGGUCGGGCAGUCGGGAGAAACAUUGUCGCCGAAACAGCGAUGGCAAGGUCGAUGGAUCUACCAAGACGCGUGCAGGAAUUGGUAUAUAAUGGGUAGGAGCCGAGUUUCUUGACACCUGACCUGCCUGAAAGCAUUCACCCGUGAUAUAGCCAUGGCUAAAUCCGUGCAGCAGUUCGACAGCCUCGUCGCUGAGUCCGAAUUUGUCUUCGCCGUGUUCUACCGUGGGCACUGGUGUCCCUUCUGCAUCUCCUGGAUCAAAGACUUGCAACGACUGGUGCCCGAGAUCCAACAGAAGAGGGGCACGGCGGUGAUUGUAACGGCGGAAGAGGAAAAGUUCUUGACGGAUGUGCUGGCGAAGACAAAGUUCAGCGGGAAGACCAUCACCGACCCCGACACCAGCCUCGUCAAAGAGUUGAAGUCGCGGAACCUGGUGAGCGUUGCCAUCACGGAUAGGGGCGGAUACCCGCAUGGCAUGAUCCAGCCGGCGGUUUUGGUCGUCAACAAGGAGGGGAAGGUGAUUUAUCAGUGGGCCAUCCAGCCUAGCAUGAUGAACCUGGGUGGGGCGAAAGACCGUGUCUCCCUGCAGGAGGUGUGGGAAGAUGUGCAAGGUAUCUUGACGGGAGACAAGACGAGCAUGAGAACUCACUUCUCCCGCCAGUCGUUGUCGGCAGGGCUGAAGCAGAAGAUGUUUGGCUGAGAGUGGAGUGGAGUGGUUUUGCAUUAGCGAUACUAUGCCCGGAGGGUGUCAUUUUUGAGAUGCUAUCAGGUUCGCGUAAUACCUUCGUUCUUGAUCGUCCGUCAACUGAUCACUCGGUCACGAUGCUUCUCCCAUCCGAAAUGUACGGCGCUUUAUUCGUCAGGCCUGGUGUGAUUCAUAGGCUUGCAAUCCCUCCCUUCUAAUGGCAUGCCUUGACAACCAAUGGUCUCGAUACAUCCUGCCUGACUCCAAACAUGGGCUUGGCGGGACUUCAUGCUGCUGGCGGCAAGGCUGCGAGCCUCUGUCUGCUUAUCUUCCGUUAGAACAAAAAAGUACCGUAUGAUGGACCAAAAACAAAGUGCAUCCGACGGGACUCGAACCCGUGCCUCGAGCAGGCUGGAUCAAAUGAAUGACUUGGGAAGCUCGAAUUCUACCCCUGAACUACGGAUGCAG